UUAAUUCUGUAGGAUUUCUCCGCCUAAAUGUGCUCUGUAUUACUUGUGCUCUCUUUUCUGUAUUAUUGUUUCUCUCUCCCUUCUGUAUUGUUGUUCUUUCUCUUGAAGAAAGAAGAAAUUAGCGAAAGAAGAAACAAGAUGCGUAUGGUUGAAAUAGAAGAAGAAAAUUCAAAUGUCAAAAAUAAGGAGGGAAUCCCUACAAACUCAGACUGCAUUGACGAUGAUGGUGUUAAACCCAAUAUAAAGCCAGUUGUGGGUAUGGAAUUUAAGAGCAUAAAUGAUGCAUGGGAGUUUUAUAAAGCAUUUGGAAAACAAGCUGGGUUCCCGGUAAUGAAAAGCACAUUUAAGAAGAAUGUCGCAGGGGAGAUAAGAAGUUACACAUUUACUUGUGCUCGAGCAGGUAAGCGUGAUUCUGUUUGUGAAAAAAAAUUACAUCCUCAAGCCACAAUUAAAUGUGGUUGCUUAGCUAAGCUAGUAUUACGAUUAGAUUAUCUAAUUGGUUAUGUAAUUAGCAAGCUAGUUUUGGAGCAUAAUCAUGAACAAAAUCCAGAAAAUGCAAGAUAUUUUCGUUGUAAUCGAUAUGUUAAUCCUUGGGUAAAGAAUCAAAUUGAUCUCCUUGAUCGAUCAGGUGUGAGGUUGUACAAAAGUUAUGGUGUAUGUGUAAAUGGAUUUGGUGGGCAUGAGAAUAUGACAUGGGUCAUAUUUAUCCACCAAAUGGACUAGCACAACAAGUGCAUAUGUAUCAUCCUUCGGAAUUCUAUCCGCAUCCGCAUCUGCAUCCACACCCUCAUUAUGGAGGACUGCCAAGUGCUAUGAGUUAUUUUCACGUGCAAGGGUCGGCACCAACUUUGCCGCAUAGGCUUAAUAUGCAGAUGUUUGGAGUGUAAGCAGAAAAAAAAAUCAUCCGAAAAUCACAAAGUAACGUAUAUUUUGGUAAUCAUGCAGCUGGAGAUUGUUUUGUAAUUAUAAAAAUUGCGUUGCUGCAUGCGUUGUUUAAUAUUUUGGUAAUUACGUAGUUAUGCAACUUGUUUUAUAAGCUCUUACUGCGAGUCACUUAACAUUUUGGUAUAUAUGUAUGUGUGUGUACAUACAAUACAGUUGAAAGCUUUUCAGUU